CUCGACGAUAGCUUUCCUUGCCGAAACCGAACGGUUCAGAUCGCGUGGACCUUCCAAUGCCAUCGGUCCGACAGAUUACAACAUCUCGUAUGAUUCAUUCUAGGGCUCGCCGUUGAUCGUAUAAAGCAUGACAGAUGGCAACCUCAACAACACCUCUACCACACCAAAUUGGCUCUCCUUGACCAUCUCGGAACCACCACCUUGAUUUACGGUAGGCCGAGCUUGUUGCUGAGGCUGACUUUUGACUUAACAUCGUCGAUUGCGACAACAACGACAACAACAAAGCACACAAUGGCUAUCACUAAAACUUCCUCAAUCUUGGUCAUUGGCGCUGGCACCUGGGGCGCUUCAACUGCCCUCCACCUUGGUCGCAGAGGAUACACCAACGUCACCGUCCUAGACCCUUACCCCGUGCCCUCGCCAAUCUCGGCGGGAAACGAUGUUAACAAGAUUAUCUCCUCGGGCCAAUACAGCAGCAAAAAAGACGAGAUUGAGGUCAACGAAAAACUAGCAGAAGAGGCCUUCAAAGGCUGGACUACCGACCCUCUAUUCAAACCAUACUACCAUGACACCGGCGUGGUAAUGUCGGCCUGCAGUCGCGCUGGACUGGAUCGCCUGGGAAUCCGAGUAAGACCGGAAACAGAGCAUGAUCUCUCUGAAGUUACGAAGCCCGAGGAUUUCCGCCAAUUGGCUCCCGCUGUACUCAAAGGCGACUUUCCAGGGUGGAGAGGCUAUCACAUCCGCUCCAAUGCUGGCUGGGCUCAUGCCCGGAACGCCCUCGUGGCUGCUAUACGCGAAGCGGAGAGACUCGGUGUGAGAUUCGUAACGGGCGCUCAGGGACGAGUUAUCACGCUUAUUUUUGAGAACAACGAUGUCAAGGGCGCUGUCACUGCCGAUGGGAAGAUCUGGCGUGCUGAGCAGACGGUUCUCUGUGCUGGUGCGAGUGCGGCACAGUUCUUGGAUUUCAAAGACCAGCUUCGCCCGACGGCGUGGACACUUGCCCAUAUCCAGUUGAAGCCUGAGGAGCGUGCGCUUUACAAAAGUUUGCCUGUGAUCUUUAACAUCGAGAGGGGGUUUUUCUUCGAGCCUGAUGAGGAGCGUGGAGAGAUUAAGAUCUGUGAUGAGCAUCCGGGGUACACUAAUAUGGUCAGGUCUGCUGAUGGCCAUGUAAUGAGCCUCCCCUUUGAGAAAACCCAGAUUCCCAAGGAAGCCGAGAUGAGAGUCAGAGCUCUGUUGUCCGAGACCAUGCCUCAAUUAGCCGACCGUCCAUUCAGCUUCGCCCGGGUUUGCUGGUGUGCUGACACCGCGAACCGUGAAUUCAUCAUUGACCGUCACCCUGAACACCCAUCUCUAGUAUUAGGAUGCGGGGCAUCCGGAAGGGGUUUCAAAUACCUUCCGUCAAUCGGCAAUCUUAUUGUAGAUGCCAUUGAAGGCAAGGUUCCGGAGAAUGUCCACAAGCUUACUCGAUGGAGUCCGGACAUUGCUGUCGACAGGAAUUGGAAGGAUACUCUGGGACGGUUCGGAGGACCUAACCGUGUCAUGGACUUCCACGACGUGAAGGAGUGGACUAAUGUACAGAACAAGGAUAUUUCCAAGUUAUAAGGGGUGCUAGUACAUGUAUAGAUAGCUGUUAAUGAUAAUUUUCUAGCGGUGUAGCCACAAUCUGUUGGGAGCCCUCAAGUAGCUAUCAAUUCGUCAUCGCUUUACGUAUUCUUUUCUGUGCGUAGCGACAGGCACAAAACACAAAAGACAAGCAUAC